UGUUCUGGGAACCUUGACACUAAAUUUGUAAUGGAAUGAGCCAAGAAUACAGAACUUCUUAAGUGAUACCAUCUAUGUUCUGAAACUUACAACACAUCUUGAUAUUCAUCCCCCAUUUUUCAACAUCACUUACAGAACAUACAGAACUAAGGUAUUGCACAACUCUGAGUGCUCUGUCGGGGUCAACUGUUGGUCUAUAAAAAUGCAAGACUUUCUGAUCGACUUCACUGCGACGCCAAUUAUUCCUGCCAUUCAAAACAACUGCACAGCACUAAACAACUUUCUGCAAAGGAGCAGGGUUAACAACCCUGACGGCAGCGAUAAAGAUGUCUGGCCUGUGGUGGAUGGCCGUGGUGUUGGUCAUGUUUUUGUCUGCUCAGAACAGUGUGGCUGCCUACGAUGAAAAAGAACUUGCAGAUCUUGUGAAAGUGAUUCAGGAAACGUAUCAACCAUCCUUCAAAAACAAACCAAUCAUGUUCGCUAUGGCUGUGACCAUCCCAUACAACAAAAACAGAGGAAAGUACGACUUCAGUGGAGUCAAAGAAGAAGGUCCAAAGUUGAGAAAAGAGGUUCUGAAGUGUUCAGUGUACAUUACCAAACAGAUCAUUGCAGCCACUGUUCUGAAAUAUGACCGGGUUGAUGAACAAUGUCCUCAUGAACCUGUGCAGUGGCCUGAGUUGCUGCGAGACUGUCCCAAAGCUAGAACAUGGACAGAGUUCCAGUCUGAUCUGUGCCCUAAAGAAGUUCGGGACCGCAGCCUUAAAAAGCUGGCAGAAAAAAAACCUGGCUUAGUUGAUCAUGCAGAGUAUCGCGUUUUGGACCAUUUUAAUGAAAAAUUAGCCAAAAAAAUCAAUACAGAUGACUUGUUGUUGUUUUACUCCUGGGGCUCCCCAUGUGAUGACAAAUGUACAAACAAAGAUUAUCAAUACAACAUUCUUGAAACUAUAACUCAGAUUAGGAAGUGGAAGAAUUACGUUUAUGUGUUUUCUAAACCUUUCAAACCUCCACAUGUAAAAGACGAAAAACAACUCAAGAACAACCUCCGUACAGCUCUAAAGAAUCUUGGAAAUAAAGUCGACCUGAAUAAAAUCUACCGUUGUGAUAAAGAUCAAAACGAUAAAAUCGUGUGUAAGAAUUGCUCCAAUAAUGGCCAAGUCCUGGAUUAUUGCGUCAACAGUAAUGAAAAGUACUAGAAAGUUCCUGCAAAGGCUUGAUGGAGCUAGAAGAAAGAGUAGUUCAGAACAGCAAAUGACAUAAGGGGAAAAAAGUUGUUAUUUUGGAAGAUGUGAAAGGGCAGAAAAGACAUUUAAACAAGAAAAUAAAGAGGUACAGCUGUAAAAAUACAAAAAAACCCAUUGAAAUAAUUUAAGUAAAAGUAACAAAAUGAUAGAAAAGCAGGAGGAACGGAGGUGGGAGGUUAAGGAUGAUCUUUUUAUUAUAUAGUCCAUUUCUAAUCAUUGAUUUUCAAACAUUAUUUGGCAACACUUCCUGAUUGAUCUUUUUGGAUUUCAACUGCUCCGCAAACAACUAUGAAUUAAUUCAAGUGUCUGCUUCAUAUGCUUGCUUGCUUUCCAAAAGAUUUUGCUUUCCACCUGCUUCAUUAUAAAGAUAAUUAGAUCAAAUUGACAUUUAAAAGACCAAAAGUAUGUUUUUAAGGCCUCAUGUUGUUUACGUCAAUGACUAAAAAACAUCUUGGUUGUGAAGCCAACACAGUCCAGGCUUUAACAGAGCAACCAACAGAUUAGCAUCAACCAAUGAACAUAGGCUGUUAAAAACCACAGUCUAGGGACAUUUGUGUAUGUACAUCAACAUUAAUUUAAUUGAGGUGUGAAGAAAAGUGCAGAUAUACAGUAUAAAUGUGCAUGUGAAUAUAAGAUCAUUUAUUAUGUUUAAUAUUUGACAGGAAAAGUCAGAAAAAAAAUAUCUCCAUUAAGCAGUCUACAUUUUUAAAGAAAUUUAAUAAAAAUAUAUAGAUGUAUUGAGUAAAUAUGGAGGUUUAUUAUUCAUACCUGGCAGAUUGUUUUAUAACACUUAUUUCAUUUCACUUAUCAUUUAUUGUGCUAAAUAUUUGAUGGGAAAAGUCAGAAAAAACAACUCCAUCUCCUUUAAGCAGUCUCAAAUUUUUUCCUUUUGUAAAAAUUGUAAUAAAAAUUAUAUAGAUUAUAAAGUAAAUAUGGAGAGUUGUUCUAUUUUUCAUACCUCAUUUGUCCACCAGAGGGCGCUGGCAGUUUGUUUUAUAACGCGUAACAAUAGGACAUCUCAGCUGGUGCGUAUCUCAGUCCUGACAUUUAUUAACCAAAUGUAAAUGGCUCUUAUCCAAACUACAUUCUACAGGUAUGUCAUUUGUUUGACACAUUUUAACUGAUAUAGUUUCUGACUUCAUAUUCUGUGUCCCUCAGUAUUGUCAUUGUCAUCUAAACAACUGUAAAUUAAACCAAAUGAUAUAUUUCUGUGCAUCUUUUGCAAUAAAGCUUAGCUGAGCAUCCA